AUGGUAACUAGAUUGGUGGGUUUGUUUCAGAAAGACAUGGAUUAUGCGAUUAGUGCACUGCUCAUUUUGUUGACAUGCAUUGUCACAUACUUUGUUCGUUCACUUUCUGCAAGAACCAAAAUUUCAGACUACAAGCUUCCACCAGGACCUUCCUUUUUCACUAUCAUGUCAAAUGUUGUUGAUUUGUACAACAAGCCACAACAAACACUUGCAAAAUUUGCUAAGUUCUAUGGUCCUGUUAUGCGUAUAAACCUAUGCACUGAAACCACUAUAAUAAUCUCGUCGUCUGAUAUGGCCAAAGAAAUUCUCCAUACUCAUGAUUCUUUGUUCACUGAUAGAUCUGUUCCUCAUAAUACUACAAUUUACAACCACAACAAUUUUAGCUUAGUCUUCCUCCCAUUUUCACCUCUUUGGCAACACCUUAGGAAAAUAUGUCAUAAUAAUCUAUUCUCUAGCAAGACCCUUGACGCAAGUCAAGAACUUAGACGAAUUAAACUAAAAGAUCUUCUCAAUGAUAUGCAUAAAAGCAGUUUAACUGGUGAAGCUGUUGAUAUUGGAAGAGCUGCUUUCAAAGCUUGUAUUAAUUUUUUGUCGUACACUUUUGUGUCUCAAGAUUUUGUUGACUCUCUGGAUGAUGAGCAUAAGGAUAUAGUUUCCACUCUUCUGAAAGCCAUUGGAACACCAAACAUCUCUGAUCAUUUCCCUGUGUUGAAGAUAUUUGACCCACAAGGGAUCAAAAAACUCACUUAUAAUUAUGUUUCAAAGGUUUUUUUUGCCUUAGAUAUAAUAAUUGAGAAGCGAAUGAAGUUGAGGGAAAGUGAACAUCAUAUCUCAAACAAUGACAUGUUAGACACUUUGUUGGACAUUUCCAAAGAAGAUAAUCACAAGAUGGAUAAUAAGCAGAUUAAACAUCUAUUACUUGAUUUGCUUGUGGCGGGAACAGAUACAACAGCAUACGGAUUAGAAAGAGCACUGAGUGAACUAGUACACAAUCCAGAGAUUAUGUCAAAAGCCAAAAAGGAACUUGAGGAGAUUAUUGGAUUAGGAAAUCCAGUUGAUGAAUCAGACAUCGAUAGGCUUCCAUACUUACAAGCAGUGGUAAAAGAGAGUUUACGUUUACAUCCUCCAGCUCCAAUGUUGCUCCCUCGAAAAGCAAGGGUAGAUGUGGAAAUAUCAGGAUACACAAUUCCAAAGGGUGCUCAAGUUUUGAUCAAUGAAUGGGCUAUUGGUAGAACAGACAUAUGGGAAGAUGCUCAUUUGUUUUCACCAGAAAGGUUUAUAGGAUCUGAAAUAGAUGUAAAAGGUCGACACUUUAAGCUUACACCAUUUGGCAGUGGGAGACGUAUAUGUCCAGGAUCACCAUUGGCAGUGAGGAUGUUGCAUUUGAUGUUGGGAUCAUUGAUCAACUCAUUUGAUUGGAAACUUGAAAACAAUAUGGAGUUUAAAGACAUGGAUUUGGACAAUUCUCUAAGAGCUAUUCCGGUUGCACUAAACAAAGUGUUAUAA